UCAACCAUUGCCUGUAUGCUUCAUGAGUUUUUCUUAUUCCAGUUAUAAUUAAACGCGCUCACACACUCGUCUUAUCUCAGACCCCUUCAACUCGCGGAGCAACGUGAGGCAAAAUAUGGCAUCAUGCUCCUGGCUAAUUUAUCUACUCCUACAGGUAACCAUUGUCUCUAGUAAUUCAUCUGCAUUAUCUGAAGCAAGGAACACAGAGAGGGAAGCUCUUCUCGGUUCGAGAUGGUGGACAGGAACUUAUUUGGAUUCGUCGCAUUGUAAAUGGAAUGGCAUCGAAUGCAACAAGAAAAAUAAAGUGACUUCAAUAAAUCUAUACGACAGUUACAUAGAUGAUGAGUUUCGAAAACUCGACUUGUCUUCCUUCCCCUACCUCAAAGCACUUGAUCUUUCUAACUGCGGCCUCUAUGGAACCAUACCUUACGAGAUUGGAAUGCUUUCAAAACUCGAAUAUCUCAACCUUUUUAAUAACUCACUCACUGGUGAAUUGCCUUCUUCACUAGCUAACCUUACUCGAAUGGACACACUUAUAAUAUCAUACAAUCCUCUCAGUGGUUCUAUUCCCUCCGGAAUAAGCAGUGGCUUCAGGAGAAUCAAAUUGCUUGAUUUUUCCAAUUGUAAGUUUAAUGGAAGCAUACCGGACCAGAUUGGAAUGCUAACAAAACUCGAGUCUCUCACCGUCAACAACAACAAUCUGACUGGUAACAUACCUUCUUCUGUCGUGAACCUCACUCGACUACAGGUGCUUGAUGUAUCUGUCAAUGAUCUCAGGGGCUCCAUCCCCUCGGGGAUUAGUAGCAUAAGCAGUAUGUAUUUUCUAAACCUCGGUUACAAUAAACUUACAGGGCUCAUUCCCCUGAAACUAGGAAACUUGACUAUGCUUGAACGCUUGUUCCUUAAUGACAAUAAUCUCACAGGGACAAUUCCAUCGAGUUUUGGCAGCUUGACUAAUCUCAUCUACCUAAAACUUGAUCACAAUAUGCUUACCGGUGAAUUGCCUUCUUCCCUGGUUAACUUCACUCAUCUGAUAGUGCUUGAUGUAUCAAACAAUCUUCUUGGUGGCUCUAUUCCCCCUGGAAUAAGUAACUUAAAGGGUCUUACCUAUUUAGGCCUCGGACACAAUAGACUCAUCGGGUACAUUCCCUCAGAAAUUGGGAACCUGAGUAGCUUAGUCGAAUUAUCCCUGAAUCACAAUAGACUCACCGGUGUCAUCCCCUCAGAAUUGGGAGACCUGAGUAAUUUGGUCAAUUUAUCCCUUAGUGACAAUAAUCUCACAGGGAAAAUCCCAUCGACGUUAGGCUUCUUGACUAAACUCACCAACCUGGACCUCAGUUGUAAUCAGCUGAAUGGCUCUUUAGAUUUUCAACAGGCUAACCUCACUAAGCUCAUUAAACUUGAUGUUUCUCAUAAUUUUCUCACUGGAUCCGUGCCUGUUUUCAAGAACUUCUUCAGUCUACGACAUCUUAACCUCUCCAACAAUUUGCUCAGUGGAAACAUCCCACAAGAACUUGGAGACUGUCCUUUGGAGACGGUGACACUGAAUAACAACCAUUUGACUGGAAACAUACCAAAUCAGUUUUUUUGUUUGUUAAACUUGACUUGCUUGGAACUCUUCUAUAACAAUCUUUCAGGUACAAUCCCUCCCACCAACUAUCCCUAUCUGAACAACAAAUGUGAUUUUUCGUAUAACAACCUUUAUGAUGGUAAAAGGACUUACAGCCGCAGAAAGUCGGUCUUGCUCGUCCUUUACAUAGUUACCCCCCUUACCAUUGGCCUCAUACUACUGAUACUAGCCUCCGUGUUUUUCUGCAGGCAUACGCCUGCAGAAAAUCAAAACAGGAUGGAGGUAAGGAACGGUGACAUGUGUUCAGUGUGGAACUUUGAUGGAAAGAUUGCAUACGAAGACAUUGUAAGAGUCACAAAUAACUUCGACAGCAGAUACUGCAUUGGAACUGGUGGCUAUGGCAUUGUAUAUAAAGUAAUGUUGCCAAGGGGUAACAUUGUGGCGCUUAAAAAACUUAAUCGCCUGGAAGCCCAGGAGCCAGCUUCCGACAGAACUUUUAGGAAUGAGGUACAAGUGUUGUCCAAUAUCAGACACAAGAAUAUUGUGAAGCUCUAUGGUUUCUGCAUGCACAAACAAUGCAUGUUUCUUGUUUACGAGUAUAUAGAGAAAGGAAGCUUGUUCAGUGCCCUCCAGGAUGAUGCCCGCGCCUUGGAAUUAGAUUGGAGUGAGAGAGUAAACAUUGUGAAAGGUAUUUCAAAUGCCUUAUCUUAUAUGCAUCACAAUUGCACUACACCUAUAGUUCAUCGAGACAUAUCAAGUAAUAACAUACUGUUGAACUCUGAAAUGGAGGCGUUUGUAGCAGACUUUGGUGCAUCACGGUUGCUAGACCCUGAUUCAUCUAAUCGGACCAUGGUUGCAGGCACUCUUGGUUAUAUUGCCCCAGGUGAUCUCUUUUUCUAGCCGUCUCACAAUUUUAUACUUUACAUUCUGCAGCAAAAUCUGUUAUAAUGUCCCUUGGUUUUGUGCUUGGCAGAGCUUGCAUACACAAUGGC